AGGGGGGAGGAGGAAGGAGGACGUAAUUCCACAUAUAAUGAUUUUUCUUCCCAAGGUCAAAUUAACCCUGUCGGUGGUGUUCGUGCAUUUGCGUGCAAUUCUCGUUGAAAGAAUUGAGUGUUACACAAAAAGGAUUCUCCUGAAGGUAGCCAUGCAGUGUCAAUAAUUUCGAAAUUGGCAGACUCUGAUAAUGAGUUGAAAGAGAUGAAAUUUUCGGCGCCGACGGAACAGUGCCGGGAUCCAUCUUUAGUCACUGUAGCUCCCUUAAAAAUGUUUAUCAGAUUAUAUGAAAAUAGUUCCGAUCUCUCAAUUCCCAGAUAUUUAAACGGUCUAGAUGGAUCUUCAUUUGUUUUCGUGUUUCUCGAUCCAGUGGUUUCAUUCAAAAGCAGCCUAGAUCACAGCAUCCCUAAAAUAUUGUUCAUUUGGCGUUGCAUUCCCCCCCGUCUCCGUCCUCGCCCCGCUGUUGUUUCACAAGCAUCUUUUUUUCAGCACGUCAGCUUAGUUAAAAAAAUCUGUUGGCUCACGACACACUUAACAGCAGCUGCGUGCUAGCUAAUUUUAAAAUCAAAGUAACUGGAAGAUGAAGGCGACACCACGCAAGCUUUUCUUUCUUGUGCAGUUUCUCUUGCCUUACUUCAGUCGAACAGAAUUCUGUUACGAAUCACAUGGCUCGAUCCUGUAUAACCUAGUUUUGAUCGGCCACGCUUACAAAUCCUUUUUAACCCGCGGGAUUCUCAAUUGCGGGCAAAGGUGUUUGGCGGAUACCCGGUGUACAUCGUAUAACUAUCAGACUUCAGCUAUCAAAAAUGGCGUAUGUGAGCUGAAUGAAAACCGCGUUGAGAGAAGGGAACUCUUUGAGGAGAAGCCAGGCUUUGCCUUUGUUCGCAUGAGACGCAAAACGAAAACGAGAAGUUGUCUGGAGGCCUGGAAACAGGGAACUCGUGCAUCAGGGCUCUACUUCAUGCAAGGGAGAUCGGAGUGUCUCUUGUACGAAAUGUUCUGCGACUUCAGCUCGGAACCCGGCUGGGCCUGGACUCUAGUCAUGUCCCAAAGCUUGGAGAGGAGAAGUGAACCUUUCGCAAAGGGUUCGUUUCCAGCGGGAGGAUCUAAGAAACAGCGCAACCCGAACUGGGAGGGAUACAGAAUCGGAGGGAGUCGAAUGAGGAUUGUAAAAGCGCAGUCGAGCCACUGGCGAAUCACUUGUGAUUUUCCAACCUACGGAGUUGACCACAGGGACUAUGUCCGAGCUGCAUUCAUAAAUCUGAAUCCACUGAAAUACAAAGCUAGUGGUGAAUGCCGGGAAAUGGAGUAUAUUAACAUCCGGGGACGUAACUGUAGCCAGUGCACCGCGGCUUGGUGGCAGACAACAAGUCAACAGUUGACGCACUUCAGUGAUCUUGAUGGCUGCCAGUUGGGUAAAAUAGACGGUUCUCUUGACAACGAGGCCAAUUUUGGAGGGUACUGGAAGAAUAAUUUCAGUUCGGAGUUCCGUUGCUCUUCCAAGGAAACAUCGAGCACCAAUCUGUGGUUUGGAGGCAGGGUAUAGAGAAAUGACCAUGCAGCUCGUGUUACGUUGGAGGACGCCCGCCAUGCCUAAUGGCAAUAAUAGUUAUUUUAAUAAAAUUGUUGACAGGUGGAAUGCACUUUCAAAAGAUCAAAGACAACGUCGAUUAAAAUGACUUAAUAUUCAACCUAAGAACCUCGCGAGAA